GGGGGAGAAAUGCAGGCUGUCGAACAGCAUCAUACGUGAAAAGUAAUGCCUGCGAAUAGUCCGAUUGGUCACUCGCUGAGCGAGAGUUCACGCAUAUCGCCGAGUAUCAAGUCAGACAAACUUCCACUAUCCCUUAUGACUUGGCCCGGAGUCGGAGGUCAUUCGAUCUACGAGUGCUUAUCAUGAGGAGUCGUUGAGAUGUUUUAACGCUGGUCCUUGGUUGCUGUUUUGUUUAUUCGUUCAGUUGUCUAUUCCCUCCCACCCUUCACCUCCAGUGUAACGAUUUCUUUUGGCACACGACGAAAUGUACGACGGCCAGAGUGAAAAGCGUCUGAACUUUUUCAGGGCAGAGAUCCAACCAGAGUAUGCUCAUUUCCUACUCUUCGCAUGCUGUCUCUGCUCUGGUCUUGUGGACAGCACCCUUUACAAUGCAUAUAAUACAUUCGUAUCCAUGCAGACUGGAAACACAAUUUUCGUCGGUUUAGGAGCCUCCAACCAGAACCCCCGGCCCUAUGGCUGGGCCCGCUCUCUCACUUCAAUUGGGUGUUUCGUCAUCGGCUCGUUCAUCUUUGCGCGGUUGAACCGUCUUUUCGGCGCAAGGAAAAGGGGAACGCUGAUCCUCUCGUUCUCUCUCCAAGUGGUUAUGCUGAUUCUCACGGCAUCUUUGGUUCAGGGUGGCGCCAUAUCGGGAAUCCCUCUACACAAUUCAGUGACCACGGAGACAAACUGGAGCCAGGAAGUACCUAUCGUGCUCCUCAGCAUUCAAUCUGCGGGACAGAUAGUUGCCAGUCGGGCCCUUGGAUACAAUGAGAUCCCUACUGUCGUCAUCACCAGCUUGCUGUGUGACCUGAUGUCUGACCCGAAGCUCUUCCUCCUCCGGAAUGAGAAGCGUGAUCGAAGGGUCAUUGCUUUCGUACUCACUCUUGUUGGAGCAAUUGCAGGCGGUUGGAUCACCAAGGCUACGGGAGAUAUCUACGCUGUGUUAUGGAUUGCUGCGGGUAUUAAGCUGGGAAUUGUGAGCGCAUGGAUAUUCUGGAAACAGGAGCUUGAGUUGGCAACUUGAGAUUGUGUGUAGGGAUCAGAUUUUCUCCUUCUUUCCAUAGUCUAUGCAAGGGUUACUAUAGAGGGCAUGAAAUUUUUAGCCGUUCAUUGACUU